GCAACUAUUAUAUGCCAGGUACUGCAAAAACAUACCAGAUUCUUGAAGGGUUCGGUAGGAGCCCCCUUGACUGUCAAAUGGGGAUGUCGCCACUGCUUCAGUCCUGCAGGGCGUGUGACAGGCAGUAGGCGUCCCGGAGGAGUCCCCGCCGUUUCCAUUGGAUUCCGUUGUCAGGGAGACUCCCGGGCGUCAAGCCGGGCUCGGGCCAGCCUCUCCCAAGUCGGCCACUCUCCACGCGCUGCUGCCCUGCCCUGGCCUCGGCCUCUGAGUCCCGCUGCCUGUCCCAGCCCCCACCCUAGGGACCCAGACGCUGACGCCCCCUUCGCGUCCGGCCCGGUCCAGGCCCCGCCUCCCGGAGGAGCUGGAACCCCGCCCACUCACUCCCCGCGCCGCUGAGGCUUCUGGGAUUUGUAGUUCUGGUUCACCGAGCCCAAACGCACUUCCGGGUUCGGCCCGAAGCGCAGCCAUUGUCCCGCGCGCGGACGCUUGCUGUCGCCCCGCAACUCAGUCCUUCGGAGUUAACCCCGGGCGGCCUUGCGGAUGUUGACGAGGCGACGGGAGCGAACUAGCUUAACCCGAGUCGGUCGUGCGUCAGCAUCGGCGCAGGGGUUACUUAACCCGAGUUCGGCCUGCCGCAGAGCCGGGCCGGGCUCCGAAGAGCGUUGACAGGCCCGACCUCGGCUGCGGUCCGUGGACGCUCAGCUCCAGACCUCAGCACACCGCUGUGCCCGGAAGAGAGCAUGGAAGAGCAGGAUGAGAAGCCCCCAGGACCCCCGAAGGGCUGCGUGCAGGACUCUCUCCUUCCUCAAGAGAUUAUCAUCAAGGUCGAGGGAGAAGAUGCUGGGUCACUGGCCAUCCCAUCCCAGGAGGGAGUGAACUUCAAAAUUGUGACUGUGGACUUCACUCAGGAGGAACAGGGCUCUUGGAAUCCUGCUCAGAGGACCCUGGACAGAGAUGUGAUCCUGGAGAACCACAGGGACUUGGUCUCUUGGGGUAAGAAUACAGUCCUUGGACCUUAAUGAAGGUUUGACUACUGAAAUGAUUUCACAUUCCCUUUGAUUAAGAGCUUUUUAACAGCCAAAAUGAUUUUGACUGCAUGUAGAUUGUGUUUGUGC